GAGCCAUAGAAAUACAAUGCAGCCAGUUGCCGGAUUAACUUUGUUGAAAUUCGUUCCUAUCAAACGUAAAAAGAUGAAGAGAAUUGCGCUGUUCGUUCUAGCGCUCAUUGCUCUCGUAACUGCAGAUGAUAUACAAGAUAUAGCAGAUAAAAUGGAGACCAAGGUGGAGGUAGUGCAGACAUGUUUGGACGAGGCUGAAUUAAAGAUAGAGGAUAUAACAAGUUCACUGAAGAAAUUCAAAGACUUGAAAGCAGAAGAACUCACUGAAGAGGACAAACAGGCUGCUGCGAACUAUAUGACUUUCUUGGCUUGUAUGUUACAGAAGACUGGCAUGAUGGAUGAAAAUUCAAAAUUUAAAGUUGACGAGUUAGUUGAACAAAUCGUGAAGGAUGGCGAAUUAAAGCCUAUCGAUAAGAAAGUAUUAACAGAAUGCAUAACUUCAAUGAACGAAGAUAAUGAAAUGACUAAGGAAGAUAGAGUAUUCGGCAUGACGAUUUGUGUAAUAAGCAGUCAGAAGGAAGAUAGAAGAUAAAUGGUGACGAAGAUUCGCACAAUACUUUACAUAUUCUAAAUCAGAAAUUUUAUUAUUUCUUAUAUAUACUAUGCAAUGAUAGCAUAAUAAAGAAAAAAUUUUCACAUCGGGGUUUAAGCCAAAUAAAAUGCCAUUUUGUAGAUUCACAAUAAAUCGUGUUGCUAAUAUUAAAUAAAAAAAAUUAGUUAAAUACA